UGGUGUGUGUGUCAGUGUGUAUACCUUCCCCUGACUCUCAGCACUCCGGCAUUGCUGUGCAAGCAGAUGUUCUGUCCUCCGCUGCCAAUUCUUUCCAUUUUUUCGCAUUUGGAGAAGGUACCUUUGCAGGCAAAGGCUGCAAAGUGACGAGAAGAGGCAGAAACUGCAGCCCUCCUCCUUUUUCCUCCUCCUCCUCCUCGAUUCGGCGACACAAGGAGAGUUUUAAACGGCUUUGGAGCGAUACAGUAGAGGCUACAGUAGAGGCGAGCACAGGCUUCCUCCACCACACCUGUGAUGCGUUGUUCUGAGCAACGGAGACGCACGAGCUGGAUGUGGAUGGCCACGGCGCGGCACGAGGAUACAUACUGAGGGAGGAAAUACACUUAAUAAGGAAAGAAAAGCACAGAAAAAGUGCAUUAAAGGACACUGUUCGGACCUGAAAAAGAUUUAUCAUCCUGUUUCAUCGCUUUUAAAGAGCGUAAAGAUGCCCUUACGUCGGGGCCCCUUUGUCCGCUGCUGGUUCAGCGCUGCGCUCCUUCUGCUCGGGCUCGCUGCUUUCUCCUCCACCAGUGGUUCAGAGCACGCUGCCACAGCAGCGCUUCCCGCUGCGUUCUCGGACCUGCUGCCUCACUUCCUGGUGGAGCCUGAGGACGAGUACAUCGUGAAGAACAAGCCCGUGACUCUGACCUGCCGCUCGACUCCGGCCACACAGAUCUACUUCAAAUGCAACAGCGAGUGGGUUAAUCAGAACGACCACGUGAUUGAGCGAACUGUCGACCCGGCCACAGCACUGCCGGUCAUGCAGGUGACGAUUGAAGUUACCAGGCAGCAGGUGGAGAAAGUCUUUGGCCUCAAUGAGUACUGGUGUCAGUGCGUCGCCUGGAGCACCACUGGAACUCAGAAGAGCCAGAAGGCGUACAUCAGGAUUGCUUACCUGAGAAAGAACUUUGAGGAGGAGCCACAGAGUAAAGAGGUUGCAUUGGACCAGGAGGUGUUACUGCGCUGCCAUCCCCCCGAGGGAGUGCCACAAGCUGAGGUGGAGUGGCAGAGGAACGAGGACGUGCUCGACCCAGUGAACGACCCCAAUUUUUUCAUCACUCCUGACCACAAUCUUAUCAUCAAGAAAGCCCGCCUCGUGGACACUGGCAACUACACGUGCCUGGCCAAAAACAUCGUCGCUCGACGCAAAAGCAACUCCGCCACAGUCCUCGUCUAUGUCAACGGCGGCUGGUCCACGUGGACCACCUGGUCGUCCUGCAGCGCCGUGUGUGGGCGUGGCUGGCAGAAGAGGAGCCGGAGCUGCACCAAUCCGACCCCACUGAACGGAGGCACAUCCUGUGAGGGGCAGAACGUCCAGAAAAGUGCCUGCGUGGCCACCUGUCCAGUGGAUGGAGGCUGGAGCGAGUGGAGCAAGUGGUCGGCAUGCGGCGCAGAUUGCUCGAUGUGGAGGAGCAGGGAGUGCUCCCAGCCCUCGCCCGGCACCGGGGGCAAAGACUGCCAGGGGCUCGACCUCCAGUCUAUAAACUGCACCAGCGAGCAGUGUCCACAGACCGUGAGUGGAGCCGAGGAUGUGGCGCUCUACGUGGGCAUGGUGGCCGUGGCCCUCUGUCUGACCCUGCUCCUCAUCGUGGUCGUCCUGGUCUACCGCCGCAAAAAAGAGGGCCUGGAUGCCGACGUGGCCGACUCCUCCAUCCUCACCACUGGCUUCCAGCCUAUGGGCAUUAAGCCCAGCAAGCCAGGUGUGUGGGCGCCACGGCCACGAAGGCCUCCCCACUGCAAGAACUCCCAUUUGCUCACCAUCCAGCCUGAUCUGACAACCACCACCACCAGUUAUCAGGGCACCCUGCGCUCCCGUCACGAUACCACUGGGAAGUUUUCCAUGAGUAACGGCCCUCUGCUGGACCCCCUUCCCAACGGAUCGCACACUCUGCACAACGGCAAGCUAAACUCAGACCCCGCUGAGUUUGUGAGCAGGCUAUCCACCCAGACCUACUUUAAAACUCUCCCCCGUGAUGUGGCCAACACCUCCUAUGGGACCUUCAACUUCCUGGGUGGAAGGUUGACCAUCCCCAACACAGGAAUCAGCCUGCUCAUUCCUCCCGAGGCCAUCCCCAGAGGAAAGAUCUAUGAGAUUUAUCUCACUGUUCAGCGGAAGGAAGAUUUAAGGUUACCGCUGGCCGGCUGCCAGACCCUGCUGAGCCCCAUUGUGAGCUGCGGCCCUCCAGGGGUGGUCCUGAGUCGGCCUGUUAUCCUCAGCAUGGACCACUGCUUUGAUGCGUGCCUCGAUAACUGGGCCGUCCGCCUCAAGAAGCAGAACUACGAGGGCGCUUGGGAGGACGUCCUGCUGAUGGGGGAGGAGUUGGUGUCAGAGCCUUAUUACUGCCAGCUCGAGGCCGAGACGUGCCGCCUGUUCACCGAGCAGCUGGGCACCUUCGCCCUGGUGGGAGAGUCACUGCACAUGGGCGCAGCCAAACGCCUGAGGCUGGUCCUUUUCUCCGACGCCUACUGCUCUACGCUGGAGUACAACAUCAGGGUGUACUGCAUGGACGACACUCAAGAUGUCUUUAAGGAGGUGAUGCAGAUGGAGAGGCAGCUCGGGGGACGGCUGAUUGACGAGCCCCACGUCCUGCUUUUCAAAGACAGCUACCACAACUUGCGCCUGUCCAUCCACGACAUGCCCCAGGCGCACUGGAGGAGCAAGCUGCUCGCUGGCUACCAGGAGAUCCCGUUCUACCACAUCUGGAACGGUUCCCAGCGGUACCUUCACUGCACGUUCACUCUGGAGCGGCUCAGCCUCAGCACCUGCGAGCUCACCUGCCAGCUGUGCGUGUGGCAGGUGGAGGGGGAGGGACAGAGUUUUGCCCUCGACUUUAACAUCGCCAAGGACACACGCUCUCUGGACUCUGAGUUUCUGUUAAUGGACAGUAACGCCACAGCUCUGGCCGGGCCCAGCGCCUUUCAGAUCCCGUACCUCAUCAGACAGAAGAUCUGCAGCAGCCUGGAUGCAUCCUGUCCAAACGGAGCAGACUGGAGGAUGUUAGCACAAAGACUUAAACUUGAGAGACACAUGAGUUUCUUUGCAUCCAAAGCGAGCCCGACCUCUGUGAUCCUGGACCUGUGGGAGGCGCAGCACUUCCACAGCGGCAACAUCAACCAGCUGGCCACGGUCAUGGCUGACAUCGGCAAACAGGAGGCCAUGAUAUUCCUGGUCUCUGAUGGAGAGUGCUAACCCAGAAAUGGAGAGAGAAAGAGCGAGAGAAAGAGACUGGUGCAGAAUACAACAAACAUGCAGACAUAACAUAACAAAGAGCAGCGCUCUCCCAAUGGGUCUCUUCUUUAUUUUUAGAAGAUAGUGAAAGGUUUAAGUAGGAUCAAGUCCUUUUAUUCACUCCCAAAACUGUAAAAGCCUUUAAACGACAGAUUUCAUUAGGAAGAAGGACUCCUCAUCAGAGUCUUAAGAUCUUUUAGACAUAAUAUCAGUCACGCUUUUUGUUCAGCAGGCUAAGAAGGAGCAGUAUGCAAAUGCAAACGUUCCUACUUACAGCUGAUGUUGCAAAUUUCUCUUUUUUUUUACUUGGUUUCAAAAACCUACGAUACAACCAGAAUAACAAAGGGUUUUCAGUCAGUUCAGGUGAAAUAUGCAAAUUGGCAGGUGAGCAUGACAUUAUCUCAGACACAUUGUCCUACGUGUAAAAGAUCACGAUGGCGUGUAGCACCACCUGCACGUUGCAGGUUGAAAAGCAGAUUGUAUGCCCCAAAAAAAUCCAGUCUCAUAAUGGUCUGUGUGCUUUUUUUUCUUUUUAGUCAAGCCGGUAUCAGUACUGUGAAUGUAACAUCUUGACAUCUUGAUUCUGAGGGACGCUUCACAGCUUUUUCUGCUUUAAAAUAAGUACAUGUGUUUGGUGUUUGGAACCUUUCUUCUUCUUCAGAAGACGAGUCAGUUUUAGUGUCUUUAAUCUGACAUCCACAUUUUGGUUUAAAUCCUUUGAUUUUGUUUCAUGUUGUGCAGUUUAUUACUCUGCGUUCAUAUUUAGUUUUGUUUUUUUGUGCGUUUUCAUAUUUCACAGCUAAUGAAGGAGCCAUAGCGCCAAAAAGGCAUUCCAGCUGCAUUUUAUGUGAGCAGAAAAUGUUCUCAAAAGUGACAUUUCCUCCCCUUUAAUUACAUUCAUUCUCCGGCGUGUGAACGUGUCCAAAAAGGGUUAUUAAACUACAUGAAUAAUGUAGCGCACUUUGCCACAGAAAAUUCAAAAACAAAUUCCUCAAAAUCGUCACAAGAUUAGUCACGUCGAAAGGGUAAUUGUGCAGCUUUGUUUAUGUUAUUUAUAAAGCAAUUUAGUUGGGAAUUCAAUAUUUGCCGUGCGGCAAACGGUAUUUCCACAUCAGAGAGGAGCCGUCUCUCAGAUAAAGUUGAAAAAGACCCGUUUUUUUUUUUUUUUUUUUUUCUAAGCGAAGCUGGGAAGUGGGUGUUUGCUCUUCUUACUUUACCUUCAUUUCCACCAUGAUUUCUUAGUAAUGGAUGUGUCGAAUCAGGCAACAUAAACAGUCUGAUGAAAACCCCACAGGUUCAGCAGGGCACCUCGCCAAACGUUUAGAGUAAUCCCAAACUAGCCAUAGUUUUGUCUGCCUCAGGGUUGCAUGUGAAGCUGUGUGUUCAGAGGUAGAGAGAAAGGCCCUCUCUCCAUCCUACCAUCAAUGUUUCACUUUUCAACUUCAACUCAUUUAUUUAUGAUUGUCAGAUAUUUGGAAUGUACCUUUAAGUUUCUUUCAGUGGGGAAAAGCAUCAGUUUUUUUCAUCCAAAGUUGUUUUUGAUGGAAACUUCGAUCUUUCCUUCCUGUUUCUGAACACUUUAAACCCCUUUUUAUAUAAAGAUGCCAUAAGAAUCCAAUGUAAGCUUUUUAAAAACACUUGGAUUAUUCCCACAAAGAAAAGAGAUGAUAACCCCCAGUCAUCGCCACAUUGUAAUUUGUAAAUAGUUUUUCUAUACCAGCCACGUGCUGUCACUUUGCAUACUGUAUAUCAGCAGAUUGGUAACCAAAGUUUUAGAAAUAUCAUUUGAGUCCACAGCAUCCUCAUUUUGUAUCCAUCAAACCAGUUUCAGAAUCAUUCGUUUAGUGUGUUUUUUUCCCCCCUCAUUUAGUCAUUUUGUUCGUGCAAGUUGAUGCAUUAUUUGAUCACUUUGUAAACAAAUGUAAAUUAUAUUUUAAAAUGAAGCCAAAAAAAAAAGAAAAAAAAAAGCAACACUUAACUGGCGCAGCAUUUGUCAAGUCUAAACCGUGACGUGUUUGCCUAUAUCCUGUUCUUUGGCGAUCUAGCAGUGAUUUGCAGUGUUAAGGGUUUAGAGGCCAUUUUCACAGGAAGUUUCUCUGUUUGUUCUCAUUCUGGAUCGUUUUAGUUUCGCAACUCGGAAGCAUUUAUAAACGCAAAGGUGGAAGGAAGCAGUCGGCGAGGUUAAUCGCAGGAGGACUUGUGUUCUGGGGGGGGUGAACUCAGACUGUAGCGCGGGAAAAUUUGAACACCCUCCUCGUCGUCCUGGAUGCGUUGAGCAGUAAUGUAGUUCGCCAGCCGACAGGAUGUUCAGCGUCUGUCUCUGCAGCACAUCUGCAGCUGUAGUGUGAUGAGCACCAGUUUCUUUCUGCUGAAAUCUCCAACUGAUAGCUUUGAGUAAGACUCCUGUCUGUAACACAGCUACUUUGUUCGACGGUUCAUGCUGUUUGUUCACCUCUGUGUUGCAUCUUAGCACCGUACUCUUUGUCACUCAUUACUAUUUGGUGUGGAGGACGUGCGCAUAUUUAAGUAUGUGUGUGUUGUGCGUGCGUGUGUGUGUGCGUGCGUGUGCAGACCUCCCUGUCACUGACUGAACUGUUUUCUUUUUGAACUAAGAACAAUAGACUUCUGUAUUUGUGAAAGGUUUUCUAUUUAGUUCCUUGGUUCAAUGUUCCUUGCCUUUCUGCAAGUCAAAAAUGCUGUAUUUAUUACAUGCCACAGCGCUUAUGCAAUUGUAUAAUCCUUCUAUUGUUUUCUUUGUUUGGAUUUUUGUUUUGUUUUGUUUUUUAAGAAAAAAAGAAAAGAAAAAAACUUUUGUGUUCCUUAUCGUCAGUGUAAACUGUUGUCAAACCUUUUGUGGCAGUGGAAAAAACUUCUGCUAAGGGAGAUUUUUCUCUACAUUUUGGACAAUGUUAUGGAUUUGUGGGUAGAAUUUUGGAAAUUCGUUUCUAAGUGCUUUCAAGUAUUUACUUGGCCUUAUGUAUAUAUAUCUAUCUAUGACAUUUCAGAAUCCUAUGUAUAGUAAUUCAAUCGGAAAUUGUUGUAAAUAAAUUAUAUAUUGUUACAUCAA